CAACCUUGGAAAGCACGUUGGAGCCACCCAGCCAUUUUCACCACCAAACAGCACGUGUAUCUGGACUUGUUGCCUUGUUUCUCUGUUUAUUCUAUUUACUAAGUACCUGCCAAACAAUCGGUUUCCAUCUGAGACCUGGAUCAGUUCAUCGAUGUCCGUUUCGGUCUGUUGAUAGCGGCAUCUAGCAGCAGCCUCACGUGGAAGGCACAACCUCAGGCUCGAGCCUUCCCUCCUGGUUCAUAAAGCCCGCCUGGAGCCACCUCGACGACCAAUGCCUCUGAUGUCAAUGUCUCUGAACGUCCAAGAGCUGGAGUCGCCCAGCACAAAGCGAACGCACACGGACUACGCUGGCGACCUCGAUGAACUGCCCGCCUGCGACUCGGCAAAACAACCACAUCUCGACGUGAAUGAAGUCUCAAGAAGCAGAGACCUGCCACUAGCCUCCUCUCUCCCAAACUCAUCCCGCCUGACCUCGGCAGAAUCCACGCCAGCACAAAGCAGUCCACCCUCGCUCCUCGAACCAGGAAACAGCAACCUGGUCAGGGACCCCGCAUCUCCUGACACACCGACCCGACAGCCAACUACCAUGCCUGCGGCCAAGUCAACACAACCCGCUGGCCAGGGCCCUCCGGCCAAAAAGCGGAAGAGGCUGACAGAGGACGAGAAGAAGGCACAGGCCGACGAAAAGGCUGCUAAGGGGGCCGAGAGGGAGAAGAAACGCAAGGAGAAAGAGGCAGAGGCAGAGAGGAAGAAGGCCGAAGUUGAGAAAAAGAAGGCCGAGGCCGAGCGCAAGAAGCGCGAGAAGGAAGAGGAGGCUGAGCGGAAACAACGAGCCCAACCCAAGAUUGGCAGUUUCUUCACGAAGCAGACCUUGACAUCCAACCUCAAAACUGACCUGCCAGCCGGCGCUAGAAGCCCGUCUCCAGCCGUCCAGGAGCGGAACGAAUACCAACGUCUCGCACAAGAGUUCUUUGUCAAAGAGAAUGUCAGACUAGCAACCAACAAGUUCGCAUUGAGUCCGGAUUCCCAAGCUGCUAAGAUAGCGGUGCUAGACGAAUUCGUGGCCGGUACGAGAGCGCCCAUCGAGAUAAAGUCCUCCGACCCAUUGCAAGCUCUGGGCCUCCCCCACGGCAAUGUCCAUCCCCGGGGAAAGACCUACGCCAGUGUUCGCAAACUCUUGUCAGAUUCCGACGGUCUCCAGACAAGCCCUAUCGAUCUGACCACCGAGUCACACAACUCGCGCAUUCAGCAUACUCAGCAAGCACUGAGGCGAAUACCACUCAAACAUCUCAAAUUCUACGAGGAUGUCCGGCCAGCCUACUAUGGCACUGUCACAAGCGUGGAGUCGCUGGCCAGCCUCCGAAAGCUGGCCAGAAAUCCUAUUGCCAAGGACUUGCCACUCAACUACGAUUACGACUCCGAGGCCGAAUGGGUUGACGAUGGAGACGAUGGCGAGGGAGAUGAUGUGAGCUUGAUGGACGAGGAUGAUGCCGAUGAGGAGGAGGGCGAGGCUAUGGACGACUUCCUGGAUGACUCAGAGGAUGCCGGCCGGGGCCCACGAAUGAUGGCAGGGACGAUGGAGCCCGAGAGCAGCGGAGUCUGCUUUGAGGACCGCACGCGAAGGAACCCCAACCCACAGAUGUACAAGUUUCGGAUGGAGUUCAUGAUCCCAAACCUGAAGCAUCAUCACUCAGUCGACCCUUUCUCGGAUCAGUAUUGGGCUCAGGAGCCCAAGGCGACUUCGACAAAGACUUCAGCCCAUGGCACGGCUGAAAAAGCCGCAGAUAGUGGCGCUAUGGCCCCACCGCCUGUCCCCUCCUCCGCCUUUGCCGCGCUUGGUACCUCUUGUGCAGCAGCCGUGUCGAACGCACCAGCGCCGCAGGAUCUGGUGCCAGCAGCCCAGCUGGACAGCUUCAAGGCCGCUGUGCUCGAGUUCAGCUUCUUGCCCAAGCAGGCCAUGGUGGCCACGCUCAAGAAGAAGCUGGACAGUUGCACGAUGGCCCAGAUCAAGGCGACGCUCGACCACGUCGCCGAGAAGCCGAAAAAGAAGGGAGACUGGAAGAUCAAGGCUGGCAUGUGAGCAUCGUGUGAGGGGAGGCGGUGAUCUUUCUGCGGUUGUGCAUGGCGUUCUGGCGUAGACUUGCCUGGGUGUCGCAAGAUGAAGGGGGGCAAAAAAAGGGACAUCAUCAUGGCGGAGGGUUCUCUGCACUGCUGUGUGACCUUAACGUGGUUGGUCUAUCAGGGAUGCGGAUCGACCGCUUUAGAGAGAGGAUUUUUUUUGGAGGGGCGUCCUAUUGAUGUUUGGCUGGGGAAUUUCAUACACAUUACAUUGCUGCAUGGUAAGCACCUUGUGCAAGGGUUGUAAUGACAGGCAGGACAGGAAUGGGCUGUAUGGAGGGAAAAUCCGGCGUGGUGUGGUCAGAUCGGGGCCGCCAAGUGCCUGGAAGAGAGAGCAACUAGAUACCGCAUUGCUUGCUGGCCAGCAUUUAAGAGACCGUCACAUGCUAGCGGAUGUUAUGUGAGAACGAGGAUUGUCCUCCCAUCCAUCAGUCGAGCCCUGCGAUUCGUGAUGACGACGACGUGGUGUUGACAUGGCAGACCGAACUUGACAUGACGUUGUCUGUGCGCGAGGUGUUCUCUCUUCCUCUUCCCAGGCAUUUGGCGAAACGAAGGCGACUCCCUCCAGCUACCUACCUAGAUGGACAAAUGAAUCAAUCUAUCACGAUCCCGCGAAAA